CGUGAAUAACACACAAUUCGCGCGAUUUUUGUAAUGGCUAAAAGCACAUUUGAGUUGAGCUUCAGCUUAUUUACCUACUGAAAAUGGAUGAGGACGAGGCACAAAAACAGAGGCUUAAAGCUGCUGUGCACUACACUGUCGGCCGUCUCUGUCAAGACAUCGCCGCAGACUGCGAGAAACAAAUCACUAAACAGACAAUAGCAGCUAUUGCAGAGACUGCGUUCAGACAGUGCGAUGUAUUUGCCAAGGACUUGGAAGCGUUUGCGAGGCAUGCUAAACGACACACCGUUACAGUGGAUGAUGUGAAGCUGACAGCGAGGAGAACCACUGCACUGUACAACUACAUUCAACAGAAAAGUGAAGAACUGGCUUUGAACAACCAAGAACUGAAGAAGGAGAAGAGGAAGAAGAAUGCUGCCAAGAGGAAGAGUAAAGACAUGGAAGCUGAGGGGGAGAAUGAGCUUGAAGACUGAACAAAAUAAAUAUACAAAUCCUCAUUGACAUUUGACUUUUACGGAGUACUUGGUUUUUGCAUGUAGUAAUAAAACAGCUGUGCAUAUAUUUGUACAUA